AUGGACAAAAAAUCCGAUGCUUCCGAUUGGUAUUUUACAGGAAAAAUAAUUUUAAUGAAAGACAAUUUCCAAGAAAUAAAAAGAUCGAGAGUUGGCAGAGGAGGAACUGAUCUGCUUAAAAAGAUCAAUGAAUACGAAGGCGAAAAUUGUUACAUACCUACAGAUGCUCACUGUUUUAUCAAAUGCGUCAAUCGUGUUUUGAACAAAGAUUUAACGUGUAAAUUUCAAGAAUACAUCAACGGGUUUUCAAAAGCAAAUAGAAAAGGAGUGAUGACAUGUGCUAGAAUGAAUGAAUUCAACAAGAAAUUUAACACUUCGUUUCAAAUUUAUAAUCCCAAAAACAGACAUUUUCACCCCAGAGACGUUCACGAUGAAUUAGAUUGGGUUUUGUACUUAUACAACUCGCAUUUCUGUUUGAUUAGAAGAAGCCAAAAAAGUUUGGGAAUUCAAGAAAUAGAAGACAAUUACGAACAGGUGUGGAAAACGUGUAGAGACGAUAACGCAGUAACACAGGUUUCACCGCUCAAACUAAACGUGCAUUCGAGUAUGAGUGAUGAUGCGUUAUUCGCUUGGGAUUGCGAAACGUAUUCAGAAAAAGACACGCGAAGAGCAAUUCCUUAUGCCUGCACUUUAAUUAAUUUAGAAAAACUAAGGAAAAUGUUAAACAGAAUAAAUAAUCUAUUUCCAGAUUUAAAGCCUACAGAUCCCAGUCCAGAAGAAUUUUAUGAUAAACUAAUGAAUGUAGUAGAAAUAUUUGUCAAUGAUAGAAAGAGAUUAAUAUUAAUUUCUCAUAACGGCAGUGGAUUCGACAACUGGAUCGUGCUUAAAAAUGCAAAAAAACUAACGCAUUGCCCUUUAAAAACACCCAGAGGAAUUCUAUCUUUUCCUUUAUCUAAUCCAUACACGGAUGAAGAUUUACAGAAAAAAUGGAAAAGACAGAAAGAAAUAAAGGGUAAUUAUUUACAACAUAUUAAUUUCACGUGUUCCUAUCAACACGAAUCCUCUAGUUUGGCUGCAUGGGGAAAUUCUUCCAAUCUUCCCGCGAAUUUGAGAAAGAUUGCCGACGUAGAUAUCGCUAAAUACACGCGAGACAACUGGGAGGAAUUGAGACACGAAUGGGAACCUUACGCCAAGAGAGACACUCUCUGUUUGGGAGCUUGUUUGAUAAAAUACAACCAAGUCACGAAAGAAGUUGUAAACCAGAAUAUGUCCAAUAAUCUAACUGCUCCAUCUUUAUCUUUAAAGGGUUGGUAUUAUUUAUAUCAUUACGAUAAAGAAAUGGUGGAAGAAGAAUGGUAUGAAACUACUAGAAUGGUUGCGAAACAUACCGAAAAAGAAAAUAUAGAAAAAGUUUAUUCGCACACAAAUCCUUUUAUAAGAAAUUUUAUCAGACGAUCUAUUAAAGGAGGAAGAGUUUCGGCAAAUAGAAAAUCAUUUGAAACGAACAAAAUGGAUAAAAUUUGUAACGUAUUAAAGGAAUAUACAGAACUUGAAAGUAAUAACAUAAUUGAUUUAUUCAAAGAAUACAGCGCAAACACAAAAGACAAAACGGAGGUUCAUUCGAGACUUAAAAAAAUAAAAUGUACUAAACUAAUGGCAUUUUAUGCUAACGGUUUAUACGCUUCCGCCAUGUCGGAUUUAGACAGCGAAUAUCCGAGAGCCGAAAGUGGAAGACCGUUUCUACCAGAAGAAGAAAAAGAAUUUGUAAAACUCUUCAAUAAACAAAAAUUCAGACCUAGAACAGCUAUUUUAACAGUGUGGUUUGACUAUCCCAAAAACAUGUUCUUCCAACCGAUACCAGCUAAAGAUAAAAUCACUUUCACGAAUAAAGAAGGUAAAAAGGAAACUGGCACUAAAAUCAGGUUCAGAAAUGGUUUCUGUCACGACGUUUUAACAUCGGUUGGUAUUCAAGAAAUAGUGAAAUCCGGUGGACGAAUUAUUAGAAUAUUAGAUGGUAUAGUUUACGAAGAAAAUUUUAAAACUCCACCCUAUAGAGAUUAUAUUUUAAUUUUGAGAGAUUUAAGAAAUAAAUAUAAACGAGAAGGUAAUAUCGUGGGUAGUAACUGCAUGAAAUUAUUAGGUAAUUCCUUGUAUGGUAAAUCAAUUCAGAAAGAUAUAUUCACAACUAGACAUUUAUGGAAUGAAGCAACUUUACAGGCCAACUUUGAUUUACGCGUUAAAACCUAUGAGAAAAUUAAUGACUAA